AUGGACGCUGCAUUGCUGGCUGUUCUCGUGGAGCAUCACAACAAUGGUGAUCAUGCCCAAAAUGGUUGGAAGCCAUAUGUCUACAAUGCUGCUAUAAGGAAUGUACGUGAGAAGUGUAAUGUGGAGAUCACAAAGGACAAUAUAGCAUCAAGGUGCAAAACUUUUGACAAGCACUGUGAGGUCAUUAGCAAGAUUCUUUCUCAGAGCGGCUUUGGCUGGGAUUGGGUUAAUGAUAAGCUGUUAAUUGAUAGUGAUGAUGUUUGGAAUAAAUAUGUGGAGGCUAACAAGUCAACAGCUUGCUACAAGAACAAAAUAGUGAAGAAUUGGGAUGCAAUCAGUACUAUUUAUUCAAAAGAUCAUGCCAAUAGUCAAGGUGCUCAUACAGGUGCUGAGAGUGCUCAAGUUCUACCUGAACAAGUUGAUGAUGCAUCACCAGAUUUGCCCUAA